AUGGGAGCGUCGGAAGAGAAACGGAGGGAGCCUAAUGCCACCCGGAGUGGCUUGAGGGGCACAGCUUUCUUCACUCCUGCUGCCGCAUGUAGUCUCGGAAAGGGGAGCUGUUCAAGUGGAAUGUCCCGCCUGGUGGGUGUGAAGACUCUCUCAAGAAGAAUUUCCAAUCCAUACCUUGAACAUAGUCCUUCCCAGAUUUAUGGAGAGAAUUCUUCUUGCGCAGGAAGAGCAUUAAGGAAUAUUAUUAUCGUUCAAGGAGCCGACCUGGUAAAGGACAGAGUGAACCUCAAGGGGUUUUACAGGAGAAGCUGCGUGGGGUCAGAGCUGGUCGACUGGCUUCUUGAACACUGUCCUUUUGUCCAGUGUAGAUCCAUGGCCAUUGGAGUCUGGCAACUCCUACUGGAUAUGGGAAUUAUGUCAUCAGUGGACCAACAUCUAUACUUUCAAGAUAAUUACGUUUUCUACCAGUUUUCUUCGGAAGAAUGUAGCUACUUGUACUGUGAAUUUGAAAGAGAAGAAGAAUGGCAAAAUGGGGUGAAACUUUUGCUGCAGCUGGUGCAUCUCAUUCCUGCUAGAGCUGGCAUCUGUGACCUGUCUCAUCAGAAAGUGGAAGACUCAGAAGAAAGCAGCGAUGAAAUUCUUGCUCGGCUAACAUCUGCGGUGCAGAGAGAGCUAGCGGCUGUUAUUGCAUUGAAAGCAAGAAAAUCUGCAAUUGAACAAGAUGAUGAAAACACUGACAAGCACAUAGAAGUGAUAGAAGCCAGUGAUGUUCCCGAUCCUCAGGCUGGGGUGAUGUGCAAGCUUCAAGAGAGAGAUGAUAUUGGCCGAAUCGAGCUGGUCCAGAAGCUAGCAAGAGAUAAUUGUCCGUUUUUACAAAUAGAUAAAAAGGAGCCGGAGAAGUCUGAACAGCAAGAUGAUGAAGUGACGAUGGUUCAGGUUAAAGAGCAAGGCCUGAGUGUGCUGGUGCUGAAGAAAGUAGCAGCGAGCUGUGGCCCAGCCCCCACGAGUGCUGCGGAGAGCCAAGCGAGAUACGUGGUGGUGUCUGGGACCCCGGAGAAGAUCUUGGAGCACCUUUUGAAUGACUUGCACCUGGCAGAGGUCCAGCACAAAGAAACAGAUACGCUCCUCGAUGACUUCCUUCUCACAUAUACCGUGUUCAUGACAACGGAUGACCUGUGCCAGGCUCUGUUAAGGCACUAUUCUGCUAAGAAGUAUCAAGGGGAAGAAGAAAACUCAGAUGUCCCUUGUCGGAAGCGGAAGGUCUUACACCUGGUUUCACAGUGGAUUGCUCUGUACAAAGACUGGCUACAUGAAGAUGAACAUUCAAAAAUGUUUCUGAAGACCAUAUACAGGAAUGUACUGGAUGACGUCUAUGAAUACCCAAUUCUUGAGAAAGAAUUGAAAGAAUUUCAGAAGAUACUUGGAAUGCAUCGGCGUCACACUGUUGACGAAUACUCACCCCAGAGGAAGAAUAAAGCCCUUUUCCACCAAUUCAGUCUUAAGGAGAACUGGCUACAGCAUAGAGGAACUGUGGCUGAGACAGAGGAAAUUUUUUGCCAUGUGUAUAUAACGGAGCACUCCUACGUCAGUGUGAAGGCAAAAGUUUCCAGUACAGCCCAGGAGAUCCUGAAGGUUGUGGCUGAGAAACUGCAGCGUGCUGAAGAGGACCUGGCUCUGGUGGCCAUCAUGUUCUCUGGAGAAAAGCAUGAAUUUCAGCCAAAUGACUUGGUCAUUUCCAAAUCCCUGGAGGCUUCAGGUCGGAUAUUUGUCUACCGGAAAGAUCUAGCUGAUACUUUGAAUCCCUUUGCAGACAAUGAGGAAUCGCAGCAAAGACCUGUGAGGAUUUUGGGAAUGAACACCUGGGACCUGGCUCUGGAGUUAAUGAGUUUUGAUUGGAGUCUGUUCAACUCAAUCCAUGAGCAAGAGCUGAUCUACUUCACGUUCAGCAGACAGGGAAGUGGGGAGCACACCGUGAACCUCAGCCUUCUGCUCCAGAGAUGUAACGAGGUCCAGCUCUGGGUGGCCACGGAGAUUCUGCUCUGCAGCCAGCUGGGCAAGCGCGUGCAGCUGGUGAAGAAAUUCAUCAAGAUCGCUGCUCACUGCAAAGCCCAGCAGAACCUGAACUCUUUCUUUGCUAUCGUGAUGGGUCUCAAUACUGCCUCUGUGAGCCGGCUGUCACAGACCUGGGAGAAAAUUCCUGGGAAGUUUAAGAAACUCUUCUCUGAACUUGAAAGCUUAACGGAUCCUUCCCUAAACCACAAAGCCUACAGGGAUGCGUUCAAAAAGAUGAAGCCGCCAAAAAUCCCGUUCAUGCCCCUAUUGCUCAAAGAUGUAACAUUUAUUCAUGAAGGAAAUAAAACAUUCCUGGAUAAUCUCGUCAAUUUUGAAAAGCUGCACAUGAUUGCAGACACUGUGCGAACCCUGAGACACUGCAGAACUAACCAGUUUGGAAGUGACAUGUCUCCCAAGGAGCAGCAAGAGCUGAAGUCCUAUGUCAACCACCUGUACGUCAUCGACAGCCAGCAGGCCCUGUUUGAGCUCUCUCACAGGCUGGAGCCCCGGGCCUGA